GUUAAUUCCCUUUAUGUUGACGACGUCCUUGGUAACAGUGAAAUAAACUCGCAAAACAAACUUAGUUUUAAGGGGGAAAUUAUAAGUAUUUGCUUGGUUAAGGCAAAAUAUUUCAAGUAGAUUCCCCAUAGCGCGAACUAGGAAAUAAUGAUUCAAAAAAGCACGUAUUUCGAACAAUCUAUUCAAAAUAUAGAAAUCAUCGUUAAAAAAAUCCUGCAUUGUAGUAACUGGUUUAGUAGUGACCGAGUUGACAAUGAGCUUGUACACCUCCUUAAAGGUCUUCAUCAACUUUGGUUGGACAACAAUAUACUUCAAAGUUCCACAGAAUGGUCCAGUCAACAAGAUUCUCGAUAUAUGUUUUCAUCAAGGCAAGUGCUUAUGCAACUUUUAAAUGCAACAAGAAUCUUUCUGGAUGAGUAUAUGGAUAAGUUUGAUAUACUCAAAUACAGGGAGUUGCAGCCAAACCAAAAGAGUAGCAUAGAAGAAUGGGCACUUGUAUCUUUGAACAAUAUUAGGAUGAAGUUAGAAUCCCACAUUACUGCUUCUAAUGACCGGAUCCAACUUUUUAGUGAUAACACGGGUGUUACGGAUCGAUACACAGGAUAUCGCAACAAUUUGACAAAACAAUCAAAGCAACCAUUCAUUUAUGAACCUGAUUGGAUGAAAGGCAGACAGCAACCAUUAGAGGAAACAGAUGCCAUUUUACUUGAACAUCAAGCAAAAGGAUUAAGGAAACAUAUUUUACCAAUUCCACCAACAGACCUCUAUUAUCAGUCUCUAGGAGACUUUCCACAAUCUUAUAGUGGUGACCUUUUAGCUACAGCACCUGGUGCCGUUAAACAAAUAAAUCCCAUUGAAAAGAUUAACCGUGCUGUUGAGAAACCAACAGGUGUACUAGGAACAAAACUUAGAACUGGAGCAGCUCUACUUCCGGAAUUGACCACAAGAGGUUAUCUCACCAUCGACAGUCUUUAUCCUCAAGAAACAGUUGAGCUCCAUGAUCCUUUACCUAUUUUUUGCAAUGAUACAAGUGAAUCAGCCUACAGCAAAAUUUUGAAAAAGACUGAUGAGUCAUUAAGGGCAUACCAACAAGAAACAAAACCUCUAAGUAAAGAGGAAGCCUUAAAAGCUGCCCAGUUGGCUGCUGGCUUGGAGCCUAUUCUAAGUUACAAAAGUGAAUAUAAAGACAACUUUAUCAAACCAGCAAUUAAUCGAUUCUAGAAUUUAUAAAUUUGAUUAUGUAAACCAGUUAUUGAGACUGUUGGUUUUUUUUAUAAAUGUUGCUUUUCAAGAUUCACUUCAAUGAAACUCUUUGGAAUAACAAAAACAUCGGGGAACUAUGCAGGUUGAAGCUUUUGCUGUUUCAUCCUUAUAUACCUUUAUUUGUAUUAUGUACAUUGAAUCAACUGAAGAUAUAUUAUAGGUAUUUACCAUAUUAUUAAUAAAUAUAUAUUCUUUACAUAUAUCGA